AUGGCUCCCGAGAUGCAAGACCUCGAAACGUCACCUCUAUUAUCCCCCAACCCUGACCAAAGCUCCGUGCACGAUUCGGAAAGCCUCGUACCUGGUACCGCAAAGGAUGAGAGAAAUGUCGACAACGAUGUGCUUCCAGAGACGUCGACGGCGGGGAGAAACAUCGGCUGGGGCAGCGCCUACAUCCUGGUCAUCUCUCGAGUCAUCGGAUCAGGCAUUUUCGCCAUGCCUGGAACAAUCGUCCAGAACGUAGGCAGUCCCGGUCUGGCUCUGGUUCUCUGGGUUAUUGGGGCUCUUGUUGCGUGGGCAGGACUCGCCAUCGACAUGGAAUAUGGCUGCAUGCUUCCUCGUUCAGGCGGAGUAAAAGUGUAUCUGGAGUAUACCUUUCGCAAACCGCGGUUCCUCACCUCUACUUUGGUUGCUGUCCAGGCCGUGCUGCUUGGAUUCACGGCAAGCAAUUGCAUCGUCUUUGCAAAAUACACUCUUUUCGCCGCCGGCGCCACACCCGACGACCUGAACACCAAAUUACUGGCUGUCGGAUUGCUGACCUGGAUCACAAUCGUCCACAGCUGUUUCUACAAGACAGGAAUCUGGAUCCAAAAUGUCCUAGGUUGGGUCAAGGUCGGGUUGAUUGUGUUCAUGAUUUUGACUGGGUUAUUUGUGGUUCUGCUGCACCCCCAUACUUCGUCCAGCAACAUGACCGACCAUGCCUCAGCCACAGCCUGGGAUGACCUGUGGAGUGGCUCCGACUGGGCGUGGAAUAACUUGUCGACAGCGUUUUUCAAGAUUCUCUACUCUUACGCGGGUCUCAGCAAUGUCAACAAUGUCCUCAAUGAGGUGAAGGAUCCUGUUCGAACUCUCAAAUCAGUCGGCCCGGUGGCGUUGCUGACGGCUUGUACAAUGUAUGUGCUCGUCAACGUCGCAUACCUCUCGGUAGUGCCGCUGGAGGAGGUCAAGCGCAGCAGAGAGCUCAUAGCAGCCCUUUUCUUCGAGCGUGUUUUUGGGGCUGGCUUUGGCAACAAGUUCCUUCCCCUUGCCAUUGCCCUAAGCGCUGUUGGGAAUGUCAUGGUGGUCACGUUCAGCUUGGCGCGAGUCAAUCAGGAAGUCGCACGGCAAGGAUUUCUCCCCUUUUCGGAAAUUCUGGCUUCUUCAAAACCAUUUGGCGCACCCCUUGGCGGGCUUCUCGUCCAUUAUGUGCCAUCGGUGCUGGUCAUCGUCCUACCGCCCUCUGCCACGGUAUAUGCUUUCAUUGCCGAUGUUGAAGGAUACGCAGGUCAAUUUUUCGCUUUGGCCGUUGGUGCUGGCUUGAUUGUUCUCCGCAACAAGAAGCCCGAGCUGCGCCGUCCAUUCAAGGCUUGGAUUCCAGCUGUAUGGUUCAGGAUCGUAUUGUCUGUGGCAUUGAUUGGCGCUCCGCUAUUUCCUUCCAGCAAGGGAUCCUCGGAUGUCAAUUUCUUCUACGCUACAUAUGCUUUGGUCGGAAUUUCAAUUCUCAUCUUCGGACUCGCUUAUUGGUUCGUGUGGACGAUUGCGCUACCGCGUUAUAGAGGCUACAGGUUGGAGGAAGAAACGGAUGUCCUCGGUGAUGGGACAACCAUCACGAAACUCGUCCGCAAGGAAUUAUAA